AUGCCAUCGUUGCUAGGGUUAAGUUUCCACAAAAAGAAGACGAACUCGUCUUCGCAGCUGAGCUUGUCGCUCGAAAAAGAGGACUCCGGUAAGAGCGAUCACCAGUCGCAUGGACACGGGCAUUCCUACAGGAAUGCUCACGGCCAUCCGGAAACUACCGCCGUAACCGCUGCCGGCCCUGUGCAGACAAACUCGCAUGUCUCGCAGCUGCUUCAUCACCACAGCCAAUCGAGCCACAGCCGUAACAGCAGCAGUAAUAACCUUAAUAACUUUUUCCACAACAUCAGCACGAAUAAUAACCACCAUAAUAACAACGUUAAUGGCACUUUUGCCCCUAAUAGCAGUAAUAAUAAUACUAAUAAUAAUAACAACUAUAAUGAUAACAUUAUCAGUAAUUUCACUAAUAAUACCGCACACCACCACCACCAUGAUCCUCACCAGCAGUCGCAACAGCAUAAACUAACUAGAUUCUUCAGACCAAGCAUGAAAAAGAAAUUAUCCUCGGGAAGCGGCAUGUCCAGUACCAAAUUGUCGGAGUUGAUGUCCAUCGAACAACAGAACCUUGACCAUCACAGUCACACAAUGAGUGCUAUACCGCCAAGUACCGAUUCGACUCUCUCGCUAUCAAACAAAACUAAUAUAUACCACGAUGACUCGAUAUUGGCGCAGAAGUACGGUAAACUAGGUAAAGUUUUGGGUUCUGGUGCAGGUGGUUCCGUCAAAGUGUUGGUGAGACCAUCAGAUGGCGCUAUGUUUGCCGUGAAGGAAUUCCGUGCAAGAAAACCAAACGAACCAGUCAGAGACUACGCAAGAAAAUGUACCUCGGAGUUCUGCGUCGGUUCCAUGCUCCAUCAUCCAAACAUAAUCGAAACACUAGAUAUCUUUUCGGACGCUAAACAGACGCAGUAUUACCAGGUCAUGGAGUAUUGCCCAGUAGACUUCUUCGCAGUUGUCAUGUCUGGAGAAAUGUCUCGUGGUGAAAUUAAUUGCUGUUUCAGGCAGUUGGUCGAAGCAGUAAACUACCUACACUCUAAGGGAUACGCCCAUAGAGACUUGAAGCUAGAUAACUGUGUUAUGACAAAAGACGGGAUCCUUAAAUUGAUAGAUUUCGGUUCCGCUUUCGUUUAUAGAUACAACUUUGAAAAUGAUACGAAGCUUGCGCAUGGUAUUGUCGGUAGCGAUCCAUAUUUGGCUCCAGAAGUGCUAUCGGGUCGUUCGGGUGGAUAUGAUGCACCUAAGGUAGAUAUAUGGUCAUUGGGUAUCAUCUUUUGCUGUAUGAUGCUAAAACGGUUCCCAUGGAAAGUUCCAAAGGACUCGGAUGUCAACUUUAGUCUAUAUUGCAUGCCUGACGACAUGGAACACGAUUACGAGAAAUCUGCAAGAGAGCAUGAAGCCUUGAUGAAAGCAAAGAAGGAAGAGCGUCAAAGAAACAAGGUUGCCAAGGGUCAAGGAUCUUCUUCUGCUACCACAGAAGAAAAAGACAGUCCAAAAGCUGCUGCUGCUGAAAACACGGAACAAGAGAACAAUGAGCACUCUUCUACUCCUGCUGGCUCAAGUGAACAACAUCAGCAAGCCACUCAAAAAGAUGAUCAAAAUGAUCAAAAGCAGGACCAAAACCAAAACCAGAAUCAGAAUCAGAAUCAGAAUCAGAAUCAGAACGAUGACCAUGACCAGGACCAGAACCGUGAAGAGCCAAAGCAAGAAAAAUCUAGUCCUCCUCCUGCUGCCUCUGCUUCUGAUCAUCACCAAGAGCAACAACAGCAACAACAGCAAGGAGAAGUCCUUGAUCCAAAGAAAGAUCCAACUUCAUCUGAAUACCAAGUUCCUCAAAGAAAACAAAAGAAGGUUAUUCAUGGACCUUAUAGGCUCUUGAGGUUAUUACCACAUGCCUCAAGACCUAUUUUGGCUAAAAUUUUAACUGUCGAUCCAAAUAAAAGAGCUACGAUGGAAGAUAUUUAUAAAGAUGCUUGGUUCUCCGGUAUCUCCUACUGUACUCUUGAUAACAAGAGAAAUGUGAUAAGAGGUACAGGCCAUUCUCACACCAUCGUGACGGAAGAAAAUGCUCAUUUGGAAAAGUAUAAGGUAUAA